AGUGAGCAAGCGGUACAGAGAGAAAUUAAUCAAGUGAGAGAAAUGGAUAACAUUAGUGAGAGCAAACUGUCAUUCGUCAGCAAACAAAACAUUAGUCAUUCCGUAUUGCGCCAGACAAUGUUAGCGACGGGAAACGACGAAAAUGGUUAAUCUAGUCUCCCCACUCUCCUCAUCGCAAGUACAAUUUUGGCACGGUUUGUGGGCCUACGAGGAUGAACCACGCUUGAAUCGGCAGGCAAGACAGCGGGUGCUGGAACGCAGGAACCACCAAUCGGGACUCCGGUGGAUGUGGGCAAGCAACGGCGAGGUUCCACGAAGCGCAGUAAAAGUCGGCAAAUUCUACGUCGGAAGAGCACACCACCAAGGAUCGGUAACGCCCGGCAAGAUCGAUCAGAAGAAGAAAGCUUGCUUAAUCCCAUGGGGUGGAGACGAACACAAGAAGAAAAUAUACGAGGUGCUCUGCACCGCCGGUGAAUUUUUCACGGUUAAUGCAACUAACACUGAAGCCCUGCUGAGGGCAAGUUCGGCUGGAAUUUCCGAAAACGGGGAGCCCUUGUUUAUCGGGGUAGUCGAACACGAAGGAGCCCUCGUUUGUGGGAAAGUCCAGCGAUCACAUGGUGUGUGCUAUAUUGGGUCAAGCGACAAGGAGCUAACAUUUCAUGAGUACCAAGUAUUUGUUGCCAAUCCCGACAAGUUGUUCGACAAUCAUUAUUGGAUGUCAAACGAUGCAACAGACCUGAUACCACAAAAUGCCUUGCUAGGUGGAAUAGAUGAAAACGGGAUUCUCUACGUCGGUCGUACCGGACAUCGAGGGUCGUUGACACCGGGUGGCAUAAGUUCUGCAACCCAGCAGUGCUACAUAGCAUGGGGAUCCGAAGAGCACAGGAAAAGCAAUUUCGAUUAUUUGUGCAAUUGCAAAGCGAAGUUUGUACCAUCCCGCGGGAACAAUGUACCCGUUGGAGCCGUCCAGGGUGGAUAUUCGGAGUUUGGCGAGCCGCUGUUUGUCGGUCGAGUGAAAAUUGGCAGAUUUAUAUUGGUGGGAAAGGUCCAACCUUCGCAUUCGGUCUGUUACAUUGCCUAUCGCAGAAAGGAGGUGGCUCACGGUGAUUAUGAGAUAUUGGUGUUAGAACAAUAAUUGCAACUGAAGACUAAUUAGGGAACAAUCGUAACAGUUUGGAGUAAAGUUCACCUUAUUCAAAAAAAAAAAAAAAAUAUUUGUUCGAGUUGACGUUCAAUUGAGUAAAUUUCUUGGUUAAAACAAAUGUUCACGAGAAAUUUAUACGACAGUAUUUUUUAAUCAUUGAAACGCACCCUUAUAAAGGGUAAUUUUGUAAAGACAAUAAAAAUUAUUUUUAUUGUAAUGUUUAUGGAGUAGAACAGAACUUUGAUUUUUUUUUAUUCAAUAUUAUUUUGUUCAAGUGUUGAUCAAGCAUUCGGGACCUAUAAUUUUCAAUGACACGUUUCAUUUUAUUUUAUUUAUAAUUAGCUGACCCGGCAAAUUACGUCUCGCCCAAAAUUUAUUUUUCGUUAUCAUAUCCACGUCUUCUUACUUUUUUCUUUAACUGUAUUAUAGUGACUUUCAACUCAUUUGGCUGGUUCGUCACUUUUUACUUCCUUUUUGGAAGAAUGUCGGGAGUGAGAAUUGAACUCGUGACCUUUAGCGCGAGAGGCAUGGAUGUUACCACUACGCCAGAUCGCCUCCCAAAACUCGACAUUAUAAUGUCAGAUUAUUUUCAGACACAAUUCUCGUGCAAGAUUUUUCAUCAAUUUGCAAAUAACAUGGAAUAAAUGUUUGAUACAGAAAAUAUGAUAGAAUAAAGACAGUCCUAAAUCGGAUAA